AUGGCGACCAUUGUAGGUAUCUUUGUUUUGGGUAUGAGUGGGCAGUGCUAUGCUGGUUCGUUGCAGAGUGGUUACUACAGCAGAAAAUGCAGCAGCAUCACUUCUACUGGCUUUUGGCCAUUUUUGAAAUUUCAAACAACAGACGUGAAUGUUGAGGCCACUGUCAAAGCCGCCAUGAAAGCAGCUUUUGAUAAAGACCCAACUAUUGCACCUGCACUUCUUCGAAUGCAGUUCCACGAUUGCUUUGUUAAGGGUUGCGAUGCUUCAAUUCUAAUUGAUACAAACAGAGAUGGAAGCCUAACCGAGAAGAAAGCUGGUCCAAAUCUAAGUGUUAGAGGUUAUAACGUUAUAGAUUCGAUUAAGCAAACUUUGGAGGAUUAUUGUGCUGGAGUUGUUUCUUGUGCUGAUAUCAUCGCUAUGGCUACCAGAGAUGCUGUCAACUUCGAUGGAAAAGUGCAGUAUGUUGUAGAGACUGGAAGAUUGGAUGGAAAAGAAUCUAAGCUUACCAAUGUUAAUCUCCCGCCUCCUACAAUUUCAGUGUCUAACUCCAUUAGUGCAUUUAGUCAGAAGGGACUCGAUACCGCGGACAUGGUUUAUCUUCUCGGUGGGCACACUGUUGGAAUAGCACACUGCAGUCUCUUCCAAGAUCGAGUUUACAACUUCAAUGGCAGUGGGAAGCCUGACCCAACAAUGAACUCAACAUUGGUGAAUGCUUUGAAGUCCAAGUGUCCACAGCCGUCAACUGUGGACAACAUCGUUCCCUUGGACCAGACUCCAAAGAGUGCCUUGGUAGUUGAUAAGGCAUUCUAUAAUCAACUACUUAUGAGUAAUGGAAUUCUAAAGAUUGACCAAGAAUUAGCCAUUGAUCAGCACACCAAAAAUAUUGUCUCACAACUAGCCUUUGGGAAUGACUUUGCCCAGAAAUUUGGGCAGGCCAUGGUCAAGUUGGGACGAGUCGAGGUCAUCACCGACACCAGUAAGGGCGAGAUUAGAAAAUCAUGCCGAUCGAUCAACAGAUCAAUAAAAUUAUUCUAG